CCGUGCGCAUUGAUUGUGGAUCCAAAUAAAAUGAAGUCCUUGACAACUUCAGUGUUUUCUCCGUUUAUCAUGAUGUUGUUUAUAGGAACUGUGGUUCAUUAGUUUACAACUAGAGAAGAGCCAGCUCGCAUUGAGAGCCUCAACUAUGUCUUUUUCCACAGGCAUUGGUAGUUUCUCUGUUUUCUUGAGGGGGUAAAACAAGGCCGCUGUUUGGAUUUUAAGGACUCGAAUUGGCAGAGUACGCUUUUUAUUAGGAUUCUUUUUAAAAUCGUGUUGUCUUCUCUUGGUCACUGGUAACUCAGAUUGUCUCUGUCUUCUACAGCUUGGAAUUGCAAUUGGGUUCUUGGUCCCUCCUGUUUUGGUACCCAACAUCGAAGACCGGGAUGAGCUUGCCUACCACAUCAGCAUUAUGUUCUACUUAAUAGGAGGUGUGGCCACUCUGCUUUUCAUCCUUGUCAUGAUUGUGUUCAAGGAGAAGCCUAAAUAUCCCCCCAGCAGGGCUCAGUCCUUGAGCUAUGCCUUGUCAUCCCCUGAUGCUUCGUACUUAAGUUCCAUCGUCCGGCUCUUCAAAAACCUCAACUUCGUGCUGCUUGUCAUCACCUAUGGUCUGAAUGCUGGUGCUUUUUAUGCCUUGUCCACUCUACUGAAUCGCAUGGUGAUCUUGCACUACCCGGGGGAAGAAGUCAAUGCUGGAAGAAUCGGCCUGACCAUCAUUCUUGCAGGCAUGCUUGGGGCUAUGAUCUCAGGCAUCUGGUUGGAUAAAUCCAAAACCUACAAGGAGACAACCCUGGUGGUAUAUAUCAUGGCUCUGGUGGGCAUGGUGGUAUAUACCUUGACCUUGAACCUGGGACACCUGUGGGUAGUGUUCAUCACAGCUGGCACAUUGGGCUUCUUUAUGACUGGCUAUCUCCCGCUGGGAUUUGAGUUUGCCGUGGAGCUGACGUACCCAGAAUCAGAAGGCAUAUCAUCUGGCCUCCUCAACGUGUCUGCCCAGGUAUUUGGGAUCAUCUUCACCAUCUCCCAAGGCCAGAUUAUCGACAACUAUGGAACCAUACCUGGGAACAUCUUCCUGUGUGUUUUCCUUAUGCUUGGAGUGGCUCUCACUGCAUUCAUCAGGGCAGAUCUCCGGAGGCAGAAAGCAAACAAAGAAACUCCAGAGAUUAAACCCCAGGAGGAGGAGGAGGAGGAGGAGGAGAGCAAUACCAGCAAAGUGCCAGCCACCGUAUCUGAGGAGCGUCUCUGACAGAACAUGGUAGUGGCAACUCAGGGAACGCCAAGAACACCACAGCCUCGCAUGGUCUUCACUGGAGAAGCUUUUGGAGGGAACCAGCUGGAAUAUUUGUGGCUUGGACAGUGGUGCCUAUGCCUCCUGGAACCCCUCAAGAGCUGGGAUGGUUUAGUUUGGGAAAAUUGCACCCUUUCAUCAAAUGCAGAUUUAGUUCCUGCCCCUUCCUUCUUUUGAGUUAUGGGAACUGGUGUUGGGAGAGGCUGGUGGAGAAUAUUGGAGUCAAAAUCCUGACUUGGUCCCUUGCCUUCCCUCUUCAGCUCCAUCCCUCAUGGAGAAAGCCUGAAAAGUUAUCACAGGAAGAAAGCUUAUUCAGGAUAUAACCUUUUCUAGUGUCUUAAGACCCUCACAGAAAGCCCAGUUCUAAGGAGUGGCAGCUGCUGUGGCUGAAGGUCAUACCUGGUACAUCAGACCGACUCCUAAGGUUCUGUGGGAGGGAAAGCACCAUGAGACCAACUCUUUCGGAACUCUUCGGCCUAGAUUCUCCUGGCCUAAUGUUGAGGUCUGUUUCUAAACCCUCUUUCCUAAGAGCUGAUCAAACCAAACAUCAAUAAACUUGAUGAAACUUUGAUAUGGCCUUGAAGGAGAAAUGAAUUUGGGAGGGCUAAGUGCCUAGGAGGAAACCCUGGUGGCGCAGUGGCUGCUAACCGAAAGGUCGGCAGUUCGAAUCCACCAGGAGCUCCUUGGAAACCCUAUGAGGGAGUUUUACUUUGUCCUAUAGGGUU